CAACAACAACAAUCACAUCUUCCACACUCACAACUACCUCUCUCACACACAUAAACAUAAAACAACAACAACCUUCAACAUGAAGUUCUCCGCUGCUGUCCUCGCCAUCGUCGCCGCCACCGGCGUCUCUGCCGCUCCCGCCGCGAGCGACUCAGUCUCCAUGAUGGCCGCCACUCCCCAGUGGACCAUCCGCGACGCCAAGCGCUACUGCCGCGCCGACGACUCCAUCUGCAACUGGAAGUUUGGCAUCGACACCGGCAACGGCAAGGUUGUCGAGUGCCGCCACGACGUCAAGGGCCCCAAGGCUUCCCAGAAGGCCGCCGCCGGUCCCUCGACCUGCGGCGACUUCACAGUCACCUCUGGCUGGAGCGGCCAGUUCGGUGCCGGCAACGGCUUCACCACUCUUUCUGUUGUCAGCAAGAGCAAGCGCCAGAUCAUCUGGCCCGCUUACACCGACAAGCAGCUCGCUGGUGCCAAGAUUGUCAAGCCUGAUCAGUCUUAUGCCCCUGCUUCCCUCCCCAAAUAGGCGCAUCGCCCACGAUAAAUCUCGGACUGCGCUGAUGGGAGCUUAAUCGACAACGGUAUACACAUUUGGAGGAUUGUAUGGGUAUUCCCUGGAAGUGGCAUGUUUGGGCAUGACUUGUUUUGUAUUCUACUGCGAAAGACUUUUGUACAUAUUAAGAUCGGACUUAGAGGCCUUGAUCUGGGCUAGCAAAUACAUCUGAAUGAAGGAAUAAGUUUCCGAAAU